UUGUCGUGCUCUCCACCCCUUCCUGUGCUUCUGUAUAACACGUUCCUACCGUGUGAGGGGAGCCGGUGAUGACAGUAAGAUCGAGCGCCCACUGAAGUUGGAGGGCACCGAUGGCCGGCGCUAUGGGCACGCUGUACUUACAGAGAAAGUUCAGAAGCAAGAAAAGGGAGGUGUUUGAAGAUAUACUAGAAGAACGGCGUCAGUCCAGUGACCUGCGAUAUGCCAUGAAAUGUUUUUCACCAGUCAUCUAUAAGAGCUUUAUCCCUUGCAAGCCAAGUGCCCUGAAAGCCAUGGUGUUGGAGUCUGACCAGUUACAAUAUGUUAUGAGACAGAUUAAUUUGGAGUCUGGAGAAUCCCUUGAUGUUAUUCGGGAUCAAGCAACUGAGAUUCUCGAUGAAAUGGGUCAAAAUUUAUCUCUGGCUGCUAUCCGAAUGUUUGCCCUCACGCUGAGCAAGAUCUUCAAAAGACUUUUCCAAAAAGUUUGUGUCAAUGAGGAGGGUAUACAGAGAUUGGCCCAAGCGAUUCAAGAGCAUCCAGUUGUGCUGUUGCCCAGUCAUCGGAGCUACAUAGACUUUUUGAUGAUGUCAUAUAUUUUAUACACCUAUGAUCUAGCACUUCCUGUUAUUGCGGCUGGAAUGGACUUCAUGGGAAUGAAAAUUGUGGGAGAAUUGCUACGAAUGUCUGGUGCCUUCUUCAUGAGACGCACAUUCCGUGGAAACAAGCUUUACUGGGCAGUAUUUGCGGAGUACGUGAAGACAAUGUUGCGGAAUGGAUACGCUCCAGUAGAGUUCUUUGUUGAAGGCCAAAGAAGCAGAACUUGCAAGACAUUAACACCUAAGUUUGGACUUCUAAGUGUAGUCAUGGAGCCAUUUUUCAAAGGAGAAGUGUUUGAUACUUACCUGGUGCCAGUCAGUAUCAGCUAUGAGAGAAUACUGGAGGAGUCACUCUAUGCAUAUGAGCUCCUUGGAGUGGCAAAACCUAAGGAAUCUACUUCAGGAUUGAUCAAAGCCAGGAAAAUUCUUAGUGAUGACUUUGGAAGUAUUCAUGUAUCUUUUGGGAAACCCAUGUCAUUGCGGUCAUUGGCAUCUGGCAGACUAAACCGCUCUCAAUAUAACCUUGUUCCCAGACAUCUUUCUCAACGACCCUCAAAGGAAAUCCAAAAGUUUAUCUCUGAUGUGGCCUACAAAGUGGAACUUCAGCAAAUCGCUAAUAUGGUGCUCAGCCCUGGAGUCUUGAUAGCAGCCAUUUUGCUACAGAAUUUUCCAUCUCUGAACUUCAGUUUGUUAGUUGACAAAACCAUAUGGCUGAAAGAUCUAACAGAAGCCUUUGGGGGAUGUCUAGAGUGGCCUGAUAACAUGUCUGCUAGUAAAGUAGUUCGAGCCAGCAUAGAUCUCCACUCAAAUAUCAUGAAACUUGCUGAUGGAGAAGUAAUCUUGUUUGAGAACAAACCAAAUGAUAUUCUUACAGAAGAUCAAGUCUUUAUCCGGGCUGUUACUUUGCUCAUGUGUGCCUCCUACAGGAACCAGAUGGUCAAUAUGUAUGUACGACCUGCCCUGGUAGCGCUAGCUUGUAAGAUGACAUCAAGCUCUUCAAGAGAUGAUGUUUCCAAAACGUUUUCCUUCUUGAGAAAUCUUUUUUCCAAAGAAUUCAUUUUCUUUCCUGGGUUUGAAGAGAAGGAUUUUGAAGAAGGCAGUUUCCUGCUGUCAAAGUGUGACAUAGUUCAUCUGACUCCGCUUGAAAUUGUCAUUACUAAGAAUGGAGAGGGUACAGCCAUGUUCUUAUAUAAAAUGUUUCAGCCUUUCUUAGAAGGUUACCAGCUAGCCUUUAUGUAUUUAGCCAAGGGGGUCACAGAUAGCUGGACAGAAAAGCAGUACAUAUCUGGUGUGAGAAGUUUUGUUACACAAAGGAUCCUUACAGGAGCCACCCAAUGUUAUGAGGCCUUAUCUUCUGAUAUGCAAAAAAAUACACUAGCAUCUUUCGUGCAGCUAGGGAUUAUAAAAGCGAGAAAAUCGGCUGAUUCAGCCAUCUUCACUGUUGAUGAGCAAGCUAUGGCAGAUAUGGAAGGAAAACUUGGACUGCAGAUGCCUGGAACGAAGAUCCCAGUGGCACGACUCUAAGAUAUGUGACAGUAUAUGGAGCCAUUAUGGUUAUGCCACCGGGAACCUCAACAGCUAUGUGAUCUGAAGGGCAGCUACCUAUUCUCAUCUAGGAAAGUUCAUAUGACUAGACUAAUUUCUCUGUGAAUGAAGAAAAGGUCAAGAACAAAUGUUCCUCUUACUUGCCACUGACGCACUAUGACUUACUUCAUGAGCUUUUAAUGGACCAUCAAGCAAAAUGAGAUGCUAAGGAGCAAAUUGCACUGAAAAUGGUUAAACUUUAUUACAAAUGAGUGCAAUUACAUUGAGUGAAUAAAUUACUACUUUAUGACACUUUGAACACAGACUGUUAUAGCAGAACAACACUCCCAACCUUAUGGUUUUAAAACAGCCAAUUCUAACACUGCCAGAUUUACCAUGUCCCAUCCAGAUCUCGUACUAGAAUCUUUAACUCAGGCUCUACUGAUAUUGGUUACUGAAACCUAUUGGUGUUGGUUAUUUUCUUAUCUUGGAAUAUCGCCAUUUACUGUUACACAAAAGCUUUUAAGGUGGAAUAUUUAAGGUCUGUUAUUUUUAUUUUUUGUGGCACGUCUAAGAUUUCUGUAAACUGAGGCCUAGCAGUUGUACAGUAUAUUCUUUGGAUUCCCAAAGUAUGGAAAUGUAUAAGAAAAGAACACAAAAUAAAUAUUUACUUUAAA